CCUCGACCACGAAGAUAAUUUGAACUUUAGUUGGAAUUCAGUAUUGCUACUUGUAUGCAAAAUAUUUUUGUGGUCGACGGCUGUGCUCAUACUAAAAAUAAAUAAAUUACGGACUCCUUAGUAGGUCUAUUUUUCCUUACUGGAUUAAUAUAUAGUACAACCAUAGAAUUAAAAAAGCGAAAGUAUUGAUUACAAAUCGUUUUUCUGUUUUUGAACUGUUUUAUGAUUCUCUUCCAUAAAUAAACGAAUGCGAAGUGCAGCGCUGUUACGGCUUUUAUCGUAUUUUUUAUAUUUGGGUUCGAAACUUUCGUACUCAGCGUCCAUAGAAACGUACAAGAUCGUAUCAUCCAACUCGAAGGAAAAUCAGAGUUACUGUUAUUGUACAAGGAAAAAGUAUGAAGUUCCACAACUGUGUUGUGUGCAACACACGUACGAAACCAAAAAACAGAAGACCGGUGAACAAAUCCAUAAAGAAGUAUCUGUUGAAAAAGUUUUUCAUUAACGCUGAUGAGAGGUCAAUUAUAUGUAAUAAAUGCAGACAUAACUAUUAUAUAGCUGAGACGCAGCGUAGUUCAACAUACAGUUCAACAGAAGCAAGUGAUCCGGACUUUCAUCCGCCAGCCUCUAAAGGGAAUUCUUCAUAUCUCAGCCCUCCGUCUGUUUCACUGAAAAUACCGUGCACUACAAAGACUCAUGCUAAAUGUUUCUUGUGUAAGAGACCGGGACCUAAACUCAUCGUUGUACCCUCCGAGACAAGAGUGACGGUAUUUAUAAAAUUCAAUAUACUGAUACCAUCCGGAUCACGCUGCUGUCCUGUACAUAUAUAUAAUGAGCAGAUUUCAGAGGAGUCCCUUAUAAACGUUCUAACCACAGACACAGUCUUUAUGAGCAGAACGAAUAUCUUAGAGUUGAUCGGGGCUAUAAGAAAGGAAUGCAUCAGAACAAAUGAAAGGCUUAAUUUUGACAACUUGAGAGAAGCAGAUUAUAAAGAACUGACUGGACUUAAGCAGACAGACUUUGAAGACCUCUUCCUUAGUAUAGAAGAGCAUAUUCGGAGCUCACCCGUACGUAGUCCGAGAACUACAGUUGGACUGUUCCUGUUGAAAUUAAAGUCUGGCAUAUCAAACAAACUUCUUUCAACAAUUUUAGGUAUAACGCCGUCAAGUGUCCGAAGAGCAAUUUCAAGUGUAAGACGUGCAUUAAUGCAGCAUUUUGUUCCGGUGAACUUGGGUCUUGCACAUAUAUCUAGGCAAGAAAUUAUUGACAAACACACAAGACCUCUUGCUCAGUCACUGUUUGGUACAGAUGAGUCGGGUGACAGUCAGCCAAAGAUGAUGCUUGUUUUAGAUGGAACGUAUGUUUACAUACAAAAAAGUACAAACUUUCAAUUUCAAAGACGGUCAUUUAGCAUGCACAAGGGCAGACCCUUAGUAAAACCAAUGGUAGUUGUAACAACCAGUGGGUACUUUGUCACCAUAAUCGGACCCUACCUGGCAGAUGGAAGAAACAGUGACGCACGUAUAUUAACUCACAUGAUGCAGACAAAUGUCGAAGAAAUAAAAAGCUUUGUAGCUGAAAAUGACGUUUUUAUUGUUGACAGAGGUUUUCGGGAUUCCUUAGCUAUGCUGGAAGAUAUGGGAAUACAUGCCGAAAUGCCUGCAUUCAUGCAAAAAGGACAGAAACAAAUGACAACAGAAGAUGCUAACACUAGCAGACUAGUCACGAAGGUCAGAUGGGUAGUAGAAUCUGCUAACGCCAGGAUCAAGCGUUGGAAGUACUUAGAUCAUGUUUUACCAACAACGCAGGUUCCAUUCAUCGGGGAUUUCGUAAGAAUAGUAUGCGCGAUAUCCAACAAAUACUUUCCUCCAUUGAGCGCGACGAAAAACAACGACGACGACACCGCACUUGGAAGGAAAAUGUUAGAUUUGUCAAAGUGUAAUAACGACCUUAAAAUUUACAUUGAAAAUCACUGUUUAGAACGAAAAUCAGCCUGUUGGAAGUCCGCUGAAUUAGAUGUUGAAUUUCCGCGCUUAGACGAAAUUCAGUUGAGAGAAUUAACAUGUGGUACUUACCAACUUAAAAUGUCAGCUGGUUAUAUGCAAGAGCAUAUUGACGGAAACUCAGACAUUUAUGUACAUAGAGAAGACAAUACUCUUUUAAGGGUCAAAAUUCAAAGCAGACACGUGUCAUCUAAGGUUUACACACUUUGGAUUCGUCAUAACGCGACUGAAGUUGUUUCAUGGUAUUGCAAGUGUCGCGCUGGUAGUCGAGUUGUCGGGGUGUGUGCUCACGUGGCUGCCAUUUUAUGGUUUCUUGGCUAUGCAAGACACACAGGGAAAGAAAUGUAUGGCACGCGCAACUGGGGUGAUUAUGUUUUAGACGCAGGAAACAUACCCCAAACUGUUGACAGUUCGGAUACAGAGAGUGAGUGAAAAUGUAGCAGCUGAAUCGUUACAUUAACAUAGUUUUUAAAGCAGUAUAGUUGGCCUCUGAAAAAGUAUCUUGAAGAGUAUUUUUACAUUUGAUAGUAAAACAUAUUUUGUAAAAACAUGUUUAGAGCUAUUCUGAUGUUAUAAAUCUAUAGUUAUUAUGCCGAUUUGCUGAAUUCAUAAUAUCAUAAUAAUUUAUCAAUUAUUCAUGAUUAUACUUCAUAAAAACCGGAGUUUGAUAUUUGAAAAGAAGAAAAAAAAAUCAGUAGAUUAAUAUCUGAUGUUAUUUAUUAUUUAUUUUGCAGUUCUUCAAGCGAAUAAAAUGUUACAAGUCAAAAAUAUAUUAAUUUCUAAUAACAUAUAUACGAUAGUUAUAAGUUUAAUAUUGUUUUUGCAUAAUUUGACAUUUGUAUCCAUCUGUCUACAGAUAAGAAUUGAAAGAUGUGCACAGCUACAAUUAAAAUGACUUUGUAUUUAAGGAAAUAGGUCAUAUGGUCAUAGAUGAUACGAAUGUAAUAUAUAAAUUACUAUGACGGUGUAAUUUUUUUUAAUAUAUAGUGAAAAUACGAUCAUUAUAUUUUCAUAUUUGUGCGAGAUUAAAAUUUCUGCACCCACAGUUCUUCUUUACUUCUUAGUUUUGUUUACUGCUCUCCACGACCGUUUCUUGAGUUACAAACUCGCUUAAGCGAGGGAUUGUGAUGGUCAUAGUCUAAUUUCCCCCUCUCCCCCACCCCCAUGCGGGGUAAAGAGUAUCGCGCUUUAAGGCUACACUUGGUUUCUGUCAAAAACAU